CGGUGUCUCAUUUGGUUUCAUUUGGGGGUGGGUUUUGUGGGGAGCGACCGAGACCUCUCAUAAAUCGGCCGUGGUGGUGUGGUGUGGAGGCGGCGCCUAGUUUGUUCUCCGGAUCACCACUUGCUCGCUUGCGGCGUCGGCCGUCGCCUUUUCCCGGUCCCGCUCCCCUGGUGGUUCAAGCAUCGGGAGCGCAUUGACGCCGGUUUCGAUCGCAGCCUUCCCGAUCUACUCUCUUCGGCUGACGGGAUCCGUCUAUUUCAUGCCGGCCGCAGCAUGUGUGGUGGUCCGGAGCGCAUAAACCCUUCAUCGUCGUCGUCGCCGGCUCCAACCUCACGGGGAGGGCAUCAACAACACGGUCCGGUCUUGGGAAUGAAUCAUCUCACCGUCGAGAUCGCUGACUCCUCGAGCCUCCUUGAACUCGCAGCCAACAACGAUGCGGAAGCAUUCGGGCGAUCCCUCGAUCGUGACCCGUUGGCCGUGGACGACGUCGGCCUCUGGUACGGCCGCAGGAAGGGCUCCAACCGCAUGGUGCUCGAGCACCGAACUCCCCUGAUGGUGGCGGCCACGUACGGCAGCCUCGACGUCCUCAAGUUCAUCCUCUCCCUGCCGUCUGUCGAGGUCAACCGUGCGUCCGCCCCAGACAACACCACCGCGCUCCACUGUGCUGCAUCCGGCGGAUCCUUUGAUGCUGUUGAUGCCGUGAAGGCACUCCUCGCGGCUGGUGCCGAUCCUACGUUGGUCGAUGUCAAUGGGGACCGCCCGGCCGAUGUGAUUGUCGUGCCUCCCAAGUUGCCUGAUGUGAAGAGUGCCCUCGAACAGCUUCUUGGAAGGCGCAGUAAUGCGUCGGGUGGUGGUGCCGAUCACCAUCAUCUUCCCCUUGGUGUGAUGACCGACUCGACGAGCUCCAAUUCGCCACCGCGUUCUUUGUCCCCUGAUGAGGACGGCACUCAAUCGUCCAACUCGACUUCCUCUCCUCCGACGGCAAAGGACCCUGACCUUCCCCCGGUGAGGGUGUCCGAGAAGAAAGAGUAUCCAGUAGACCCGUCGCUUCCAGAUAUCAAGAACAGCAUAUAUACCACGGAUGAGUUCCGUAUGUUCUCCUUCAAGAUCCGCCCGUGCUCUCGUGCUUAUUCGCAUGACUGGACCGAGUGCCCCUUCGUCCACCCUGGUGAGAACGCCCGGCGGCGUGACCCGAGGAAAUACCACUACAGCUGCGUCCCGUGCCCUGACUUUCGGAAGGGGUCGUGCCGGAGGGGAGACAUGUGUGAGUAUGCACAUGGGGUGUUCGAAUGCUGGCUUCACCCGGCGCAGUACCGCACGAGACUCUGCAAGGAUGGAACCAGUUGCUCCCGCCGGGUCUGUUUCUUUGCGCACACGAACGAGGAGCUGCGUCCGCUCUAUGUGUCAACUGGCUCUGCUGUUCCUUCUCCACGUGCAACCUCUGCUGCAAUGGAGAUGGCAGCUGCGAUGGGGCUCAUGCCCGGCUCGCCGUCAUCGGUCUCUGCUGUUAUGUCUCCCUUCACGCCACCCAUGUCGCCGUCGGCCAAUGGUAUUGGACACUCUUCGUUGGGUUGGCCGCAGCCAAACAUGCCCACGUUGAAUCUUCCUGCAAGCAAUCUCCAGGCAAGCAGGCUGCGCUCAUCUCUCAGUGUGAGAGACAUCCCUCCGGAUGACCUCUCAGCAAUAUCCGAGUUUGAUGCCCAGCAGUUGUUGAAUGACCUGUGCUACUCCCGUCUGAGUUCUUCUGCUGGGAAUUGUGCCAUCCGAACCAAUACACUGAAUCCAUCAAACCUUGAUGAUCUUUUUUCAGCAGAGGUCGCCAUAUCUCCAAGGUACAAUUCUGAUCAGGGGGCUGUGUUUUCUCCGUCACACAAGGCAGCUAUACUCAACCAGUUCCAGCAGCAGCAGAGCCUGCUCUCACCCAUUAAUACAAGUGUGUUCUCACCGAAGGCGGUGGAUUCUCAGCAGCUACCUGCUCAUUCAUCACUCUUACAGGCCUCUCUGAAUACCUCUUCUCCUGGUGUCAUGUCUCCACGAAGCAUGGAGCCUGUCUCUCCUGUGAGUUCUCGUCUGGCUGUUCUUUCACAAAGGGAGAGGCAACAGCAGACACUCAGGAGCCUGAGCUCCCGUGAUCUUGGUCCCAUCUCAUCUCCUGUUGUUGGCUCUCCUGUUAACUCAUCAUGGUCCAAGUGGGCAUCCCCCUCCGGUACACCUGAUUGGACAGUGAAUGGUGAAGAGCUGGGACGUCUUAGACGAUCAUCAUCCUUUGAAUUACGAGGAAAUGGGGACGAGCCUGAUCUGUCAUGGGUCCAUUCACUAGUGAGGGAAUCACCACCGGAGAAAGUGAUCUCUGCUGCAAUGGCUUCUGCUGGUCCUUCAAGCUUGUCUGCGGUUGGUGGUGAGAAUUUAAAUUCAAACGGUCAGAUGAAUGGGCAUGAUCAACCUGCAUUGCUUGGUGCAUGGCUUGAGCACCAAGAAAUUUUGGAUGGGAAGCAUUCAGUAAUAUUUAACAGUAAUAUUUAAUGACUCUUAUUAUACAAUAUUUUUUGGUUGGUUGGUGAAGAAGGAAAAGAUGCAGAAAGGAGUGAUUUCAGAGAUUCAUUUCUUCAAAAACCGAUUUAUUAUAAACUUCAUGGAGUUCAGUCAAUUCAAAUAUAGGGGUUGAAUCAAGACCGACUCCAGAUGCAGUCAUGGUGGUGGGGCAAGUUAUAGGAAAUUCGGGAAGAACUUAGUCAUGCAGCAUAAUAUUUUAUGGAUGUGUGUUGUUGCCAUCUCUUAUUCCUUACUGACUUUGUGGGAUCCUAAUGGAAGCUUAUGAUGGUGACUGCCUUUUGGAUAUGUUGUAUGCAAUCUCUCAAGCAAACAAAGUGGUGGGUUUAACUCACUGAUGGAGCUUGGAGAUCUUUGUGGAAGUUUGCUGACGAAGGCAUCCAGGAUUCAGUGGAUGGGCACUGGGAGAGCCUUAACAAUCUACAGAAGAUGCCAUAACCAUGAAGGUUAUGCAAAGAAACCGGACUUGGAGAUUAUUAUUAGGGAGCAUUGGCUACAUGUGAAAAUGCCAAGAAAGUUCAUCCAACAUAUGGCCUACCAUGCAGUUUCAUGUCAGAGGUAGGUGACAUGUAUGUUGCUUUUACUUUUGUUGGCAGUAUAAAGGUGAGCAGGAGAUUGUUUCAGAGUGAUUGACUCUUUAUUAAUUUGUGAUAUGUGUUGGAUGUUAUGCAUCUGUCCUUACCUUUUUCUUUUCCUCCCUCUUUUAAAGUGGUCUGAUGGGUUGGUGGUGCUGUGUACUAAUGCUGUGAGCAACUUUGGUGCAUGCACCAAAUGCCUGGAUCUGAGUUUGCUUGGAACAAGACUCUACUACACAUUAAAUGGCAUUUAAGGAGAGGAAUUUGGACUGGUUA